GACACACUGCAACUUUCUUCUGAAGUGUGAGGAGGCGCUCCGCUCAGCCAGUGCACACACCAUGCAGAGCUGCGCGAGAUCCUGGGGGCUGCUGUGCCGCUCGGUGAAGCUGCAGGGCAGAGCGCUUGGGUGCCACAGGAGAGCCGCCUGGCAUCUCAUCCAAGGGGCAACCAGGAGCAGCAGUAGCCGGGUGCCAGCGGCGUCCUCAUCCCCCGGCUCCCGGAGGCAGAUUGAGCUGCUCUUUCCCCGGCACGAUGACUUCUCCGAGAGGCACAUCGGACCCGGAGACAAGGAGAAGAGGGAGAUGCUCCAAGCCCUGGGACUGGAGAGCAUUGAUGAGCUGAUUGAUCAGACAGUCCCAGCAAGCAUUCGACUGUUAAGACCCUUGAAAAUGGAUGACCAAGUCUGUGAAAAUGAAAUUCUUGAAACUAUACAUGACAUUGCAUCAAAAAACAAGAUUUGGAGGUCCUACAUUGGCAUGGGGUACUAUAACUGUUCAGUGCCCCAAGCCAUUUUGAGAAAUUUGCUGGAAAAUUCAGGCUGGGUAACACAGUAUACUCCAUAUCAACCAGAAGUGUCCCAGGGGAGACUUGAGAGCUUACUGAAUUAUCAGACCAUGGUGUGUGAUAUCACUGGGAUGGAUGUGGCCAAUGCAUCCUUAUUAGAUGAAGGAACGGCUGCAGCUGAAGCAAUGCAGUUGUGUCACAGGCAAAACAAGAGAAGGAAGUUCUAUGUGGACAGCAGAUGCCAUCCUCAGACCAUCGCUGUGGUGCAGACAAGAGCCAAUUAUAUUGGUGUCACUACAGAGCUUCUGUUGCCCCACGAGAUGGAUUUCAGUGGAAAAGAUGUCAGUGGUGUCUUGUAUCAGUAUCCAGACACUGAUGGAAAAAUAGAAGAUUUCACCCUGCUGGUUGACAGAGCUCACCAAAAUGGGACCCUAGCGUGCUGUGCUACUGACCUCUUGGCACUGUGUAUCUUAAGGCCGCCUGGAGAGUUUGGAGUAGACAUCGCUCUUGGCAGCUCUCAGAGAUUUGGAGUACCAUUGUACUAUGGGGGACCACAUGCAGCCUUCUUUGCAGUGAAGGAGAACCUGGUCCGGAUGAUGCCUGGCAGAAUGGUUGGCGUGACUAGAGAUGCAACUGGGAAGGAAGUAUACCGCCUUGCUUUACAAACUAGAGAACAGCAUAUCAGAAGGGAUAAAGCCACAAGCAACAUAUGUACUGCACAGGCUCUGUUGGCAAAUAUGGCUGCAAUGUUCGGUGUUUACCAUGGUCCAAAUGGGCUCAAGCAUAUUGCACGUAGAGUUCACAAUGCCACCCUAAUACUUGCAGAAGGUCUAAAGCGAGCAGGACAUCAGCUACACAGUGAGCUCUUCUUUGAUACAGUGAAGAUUCAUUGUGGCUGUCCAGUGAAAGAGGUUCAAGAUCGAGCGGCACAGCGACAAAUAAACCUUCGUGUGUACAGUGACGAUUCACUUGGCGUAUCUCUUGAUGAAACUGUAAAGGAGAAAGAUCUGGAUGACCUUUUGUGGGUGUUUGGCUGUGAAUCCUCAGCAGAACUAGUUGCUGAAGGCAUGGGAGAGGAGAACAAGGGCAUUUUGGCCACUGCCUUUAAAAGGACAAGUAGAUUCCUUAUGCAUCCAGUAUUUAAUAGCUACCAUUCGGAAACUAAUCUUGUGCGGUACAUGAAGCGUUUGGAAAACAAGGAUAUUUCUCUUGUACAUAGUAUGAUUCCUCUGGGGUCCUGCACAAUGAAACUUAACAGUUCCUCUGAGCUUACACCAAUUACGUGGCCUGAAUUUGCCAACCUUCAUCCAUUUGUGCCUCUAGACCAGGCACAGGGAUAUCAGCAGCUGUUUAAGGAGCUUGAGAAGGACUUGUGCGAUAUAACAGGAUAUGACAAAAUCUCAUUUCAGCCAAACAGCGGCGCACAGGGUGAAUAUGCUGGGUUGGCUGCUAUCAAGGCUUAUUUGAAUGCAAAGGGUGAACCGCAUCGAACAGUUUGUCUCAUCCCAAAAUCUGCUCAUGGAACCAAUCCAGCAAGUGCUCAGAUGGCAGGAAUGAAAAUACAGCCAGUAGAAGUAGACAAAGAUGGAAGCAUUGAUCUAGUACAUCUGAAAGCUAUGGUAGACAAACAUAAGGACUAUUUGGCUGCCAUAAUGAUCACCUAUCCUUCCACCAAUGGAGUUUUUGAGGAAGACAUAAGUGAUGUAUGUGACUUGGUACACAAACAUGGUGGUCAGGUAUAUUUGGAUGGAGCGAAUAUGAAUGCUCAGGUUGGGCUGUGCCGACCUGGAGACUAUGGUUCUGAUGUGUCACACUUGAACCUUCACAAGACAUUCUGUAUACCCCAUGGUGGCGGGGGUCCUGGAAUGGGACCUAUAGGAGUAAAAAAGCAUCUUGCGCCAUAUUUGCCCAGUCAUCCAGUAAUACCAUUGCAGCAGGGCAAUGAUGCUCGACCAUUGGGCACAAUAAGUGCCGCCCCAUGGGGCUCAAGUGCAAUUUUGCCCAUUUCAUGGGCCUACAUCAAGAUGAUGGGCGCAAAAGGACUUAAGCAUGCAACAGAAAUUGCCAUAUUAAAUGCAAAUUACAUGUCAAAAAGGCUGGAAAAACACUACAAAAUCUUAUUCAGAGGAUCUAAAGGACGUGUGGCUCAUGAAUUCAUUCUUGAUGUAAGACCAUUCAAGAAAUCUGCUAACAUAGAAGCUGUAGAUAUCGCAAAAAGACUGCAAGACUAUGGUUUCCAUGCUCCAACAAUGUCUUGGCCUGUGCCUGGCACUCUUAUGAUUGAGCCAACAGAGUCUGAAGACAAAGCGGAGAUGGACCGCUUCUGUGAUGCCAUGAUAAAUAUACGACAGGAAAUCGCUGAUAUUGAAGAGGGUAGAAUGGAUUCCAAAAUCAAUCCUCUGAAGAUGUCGCCCCACACACUAACUUCCAUUGCAGCGUCUAACUGGGACCGCCCAUACUCGCGGGAGGUGGCUGCAUUCCCCUUGCCAUUUGUCAAACCGGAGAGUAAAUUCUGGCCUACAAUUGCUCGUAUUGAUGACAUCUAUGGCGACCAACAUUUGAUGUGCACUUGUCCUCCCAUGGAGACGUAUGAAUCGCCUUUCAGUGAACAGAAAAGGGCCUCUUCGUAGUGUUACAGACUCUUACUUUGUGACCGCCAAUACCAGACUGUCAUUCAGCCCUGCCAAUGGCAGCUGUUUCUCUCCCCUUUCAGAGGGGGAACGUAGUGUAUAAAUAUUUUAAUACUGACGUCUUCAUACUGUUGAAUGAUUAUCCACUCAGCAACCCUGUGGAAAAAACAUCACUGUUGCUUAAAUAAUGUGCAGUUGAGUCUAUUUUUAUUUUAUUUUUGGACUUGUCAGCCGGAGCAGUGUUCUGUUCUUGAGUUUUCAAAUUUGUAGCCCAAUCUGUUGUUCGGUAAAGGAAUUUUAGAAUAUUUUUAUUUUGCACUGCCACUACAAACUUCAAUAACUGCGCAUUAUUUAAUCAAGGAUUUCAUUGUAAACUUUUAUUAAUUUGUGAGGAUGGCAACAUGUUUGACCUCCCUUUUUGGUCCACUUGUCAUCCUGUAGAUGUAGACCUGUUCUUCAGAUGCUUUUAUGGUCUAGACAUAAGUACAUCUUUUAAACGGUUAGAGUCCCUGCCACCAGUUCGAAUAUUCAUGACUAGCUGCUUACCUCAGCAGAGCAACGCUAGUUCAGGCAAUUAGCUAGUUUUAACUAUUCAAAAUCAUGACUUUUUUUUUUUUUUAAAGAAUUUCUGGGGCAUAGUUUUACAAUUAUAGGAUAAUACCCAUUUUGUUUUUGUGGAAUUUUUAUACAUUUAACCAGUGUAAGACAGUGUGCUUUGGGAGGUAUUUUAUUUCUUUCUAUCAUACAGUUGGAGUUUAACUAGGUUGGCCACUUUCUGGUACUGUUCAGUGUGUUUGUAAGAUGAGGAGUAUAUGGUACCUACUAAUUCUGGUCUUGAAAUAAUUUUCAGAUUUGAGAAGAUGGGGGGGGCCAAGUAUUUUGUGUUGUCCACAUGGAGGUCUUGUCCAUAAAAUACUUGUUGGCCAAGUAUUUUGUGUUGUCCACAUGGAGGUCUUGUCCAUAAAAUACUCAUCACCUCAGCAGUUUAGUGCAGUAUGUUAAAAUGAUAGAUGAGUGGUAUAUCUGGUCACAUGGCUGCUGAUGGGUUGUCUCAUAGAUAGGACCUCCUGUAUGGAUAGCAAAGAACAGUUGUCCAAGGAGGCAUGGCUUAUGAAACAUAGAAAGUGGCACAGAACUUCAACAAAGACUAUUAUAUAGUUAUUUUACCUACGCAAUGGUCACAAGUACCCAGAAAGUGGCAAACCCCUUUAGGCAUUUAUUCCCAAUCCCAACCUUUACUACACUAUCUUCUCAGUAAGACUGUUUGAGGACACCUGGUUCUUGGACUAUGAAUGUGAUAUGAGGGGUAUGGGAUAGAUAAAUUGUAGUCACAACCCAGAUAUUUGAGUUAAUUUCCCAGUAUUGAAGGGUUGGUACAGGAUUAGAAAAUGGCUGCUUUCUUCUACAAACUGUGCCAUGCCAUUGGUUAUUGAAGAUGAGCUUGGGUUACUUUCUCACCUUCAUUCCAUUAGGAUGCAGUUAUGUGAAAUAAAAACUGGAAAAAGGAAGUCACUAAAUACUUUGAAAGUCAGUGGGUAACUUUUUUAUUUUUUUAUUUUUUUUUAAGACCGGACACAACCACAGCUUGCAGCCGUUUUACGUCCGGCCACAAAAAAUGGAAUGUUACCGGGAUGACAGAAGAUAUCUGAUGCAUCCUGAACAUCUUUCCAUUCAGAAUACAUGAUGACUAAACGGAAAUGUGUUUUUCCCGGUAUUUAGAUCCUCUGCCGGAUCUCAAUACCAGAAAACAACGCAAAUGUGAGUUUUUUUUCCCUAAUCCUGUAUAACUCUUGGAAGUGUCUCUUCUGUAUGAGACAAGGCAACACAGAUUGACAGGAAAAAAACUUCAAAUUCAGGUAAUCCUUGAGUUAUUAGAACAUGCACAAAGAAUACAGCAGCAUUCCUCAAUGGCUCAGACCAUGGUUAAACUAGUUAACUUUCCUAUAUACAGUUUUUAAUAUGGAGGUAUCAAACCGAAUAUUUAUUUCCAGUAGUUUAUAUUAAGUGACAGAAUCAAUGUUCUAUAUUAGAUGCUAUGAUAAAUGUUUACAUUUUUGUACUUGAGUUAAUGUUUAUAAUUUUAGCUUUCUCUUUUCUUGCAUUUUUUAAAAGCUUUUUGUAUUAUGUUUUUACUGUUCUAGUGUUACAAUAAAAUUAAUUUUGUUCCCAAAAAAA